UAUUUAUUUUUCAUCACCUUCUUCAUCCCUUCUGUUAUAAAUUUCGUGAAAAAUUGCAGAUCUUCAACUAAGCUUCAAGCAAAUACAGAAAAAAAUAUUCCAAAAUUAUAAAAUUCAAACAAAAAUCCAAAUUUUAUCACGAUGUCUACACUCAAAUAUGUCAUUCUUCCUCUUUCACUUAAUUUCUUUGCAAAAGAACAUAUUUUAGGAAAAAAGAAAGAAAAAAAAAUGAAAUACGAGAGAUUCGAGAUGGCAAUCACAACAAGCAAGAUGAGUGAAAGAGGUUUGAUGCUGAUGGUAAAGGCAAAGGCAAAUCGUCAUCGAUUGAAAUAGAGAAAGUGAUCCAUGACCAUGACUAAAACUUUUACCCAAAUCUAGAAACCACAGAUCUCUGCACACAAAAAUUAUCGAUUUUUGGAUUUUUUUUUCUUUCUGGGUUUGUUUGAAGCUUGGUUGAACAUCUGGAGUUUUUCAUGAAUUUUAGGAAGAAAGAUGAACAAAAAGAGAGAGAAAAUGUGAAGAAAACAACAACAGAGUUUUUCAUGAUUUUUUUUUUGGGUCCUAAGAGUUUUUAGAGAGUAAGCUUCAGAUUGUUUUAUUUGAUUGCUGUAUUCUUUAUCUUCUUUUUGUUGGCUAGAUGUGUGGUGGUGGCUAUGACAGAGGUUUUGUUUUUUCAUCUUCCACUUUGAUUAAAGCAAAAAUAAAAUUUAAAAUAUCCGCAAAACACUGUAGCAACAAGUAUCUGGUCAUUCAUCUCUAUCAUUCAUUAUUUUGUCAUCUAAUUCAAUGAUAAAUAAACUCUUUUCACGGGUGAGAGAUUUGUUUCACUCUCUGAAGCUAGUAUCCGCCCACAAAAUGUUAGUAUUUUAGUUUGAAAGAAUAGAGAAAUGUUAGUUUUAAGAAAAAUCUUUAAAGUUAAAAUAGUGGAGAAAAAUCAUACUUUUUUUAUUGCUAUAUAUUUAUGGAAACAAGAAAUCACUAGUAGUUGAAAAGUGAAAACCACUGGCUUUCUUUCAACAUUGUUACUAUUUUAUUUUACUUUAUACUUUAUUCUUUCUCACUUGCAUUCAUUUUCUCUUCACACCACACACACCACACAAUUGAGUUUUUUUUUCUUUCUCAAUUCUCAUUCGUUGGUGAAGAGAGGUACAAGCUAAAAAUAAUUUUCAAUUCUCAUUACCGAAAAAGAAAGUUACAAUAGACAAAUAUCUCUCCACUAAUGCAUAAUAAUUAAUGAGUUUUACCUCUAGCAAUACAAACUCAACAUUUUUUUAUUACAGUAGUGUGUAUAUAUAUAUAUUUUUUUGUCAAAUAGCUUAGUGGCGAGACUCUUACACAUUUAAAUGUUAAGAAGUGUGGAAUCUGGGGUUCGAACCCCGGCCACUCCAAUAAUAUCUCUGAUAGCUAUCAUUUGAGCUAUAUUUAUGGGAUAUAUAUAUAUAUAUAUAUACGAGAAAGUGGCUAGGAGAUAUUUUGCAAACACCGUGUGUCCGUUCCGUUUAAUAGACAGACACCCACACAAUCUAUCUAUCGAAAACUUGUGUGCUUUCAAUCCAAUUGCUGUUCUCUCACACACACACACAUCCAAACAGAACAGAAGAAAGUGAGAAGGAAAAUGGGAAUCAUGAACUACUACAACUGUGUUACAUGUGCAGCAACAACACCAAUGUCACAAGAUUCAUCAAAACCAUCACCAUUACCAGACCCAAGACAAACAAAGGUUAUCCUUCCCAAUAAAAAACCCAUGAAAUGGUCUACUGGUAUGGCUCCUGGUGAGUACGGUGGUCCUCCAACAACCACCAAGCUUCGCAAGUAUUGGGGUGGUGAAAACCCUGACCCUUUGGCUUCUGAUGAUUUUAUGUGGAACAUAGAUUUCGUCCCUCGUUUCAAAAGGAUUAUUCAGGGUCCUCUUCAACCUUCUCCCUCAGAGGAGGUGCCUUCUGGGUUUCUAAGCUUAAAUAGAGUCAUGAGCCUCGACAGUAUGGAGGUUGAUUUGAGCAAAGAACUCUCAGCUCCUGUAAAUCAAAUUGUACAGCAGCAAAUAGAGACACCAACUAUUGCGACUGAAAAUGAAAGCAAAAAGGUAAGAUGGAGAUUGGCACCGACACGUCGCGAGCAAGACAAAUGGAAUAGAGCUGCUAAAGCGGCAACUGACGGCAGCGAUGUGAUGUUACGGGAAUUAAGGAAAUCUCGUGAAAAUCCUGAAGUAUUGGCUGCUCAGUACAGGGUGCAGUAUGAUAAGUUAAAGAAGAGGUUGCAAGAACUUACAUAUGGUAUAGGUGCCGUCGGUCUGGUUUCAUCUUAUCUUUCAUAUUCUCCUGAGAUCGCAGCUAGCUUUGGUGCUGGCUUUCUUGGUUCUUUAGCGUAUAUUCGCAUGCUGGGAAGUAGCGUGGACUCACUAAAUCCAAGCGGUGGAAGGGCUCUUAUCAAGGGAGCAGUUGGGCAGCCAAGAUUACUGGUUCCUGUUAUAUUGGUCAUGAUUUAUAAUCGCUGGAAUGCGAUUCUCGUUCCAGAAUAUGAUAUUAUGCACUUACAAUUGAUACCAAUGCUAGUUGGUUUUUUCACAUAUAAGAUUGCAACUUUUGCUCAAGCUAUAGAAGGAGAAAUUCUUAGGAUUCUCGUUCCAGAAUAUGAUAUUAUGCACUUACAAUUGAUACCAAUGCUAGUUGGUUUUUUCACAUAUAAGAUUGCAACUUUUGCUCAAGCUAUAGAAGAGGUGAUUACCGUAGCUUCAAAGAAGGACGUAAAUAUAUCUUCCAAGGGUUAGAUUUGGGGAUUUCAAUCUUACAUUAAGCAUGUAUUGAUAGCAUUUUUUUUACAUAUUAAGAAUCUUAUUUACAUCAAGGGACAUACAAUUACAUUCAUGUGCCUUUUGUAAUAAUGUCUAAUAUCUAGUGUAUUUUUUCUCUGAA